UUCCUAGCAAACUUAAGUUUUAGUCUAAAUGUGAUUGAUCGCUGCUGGCGUAGGGAUGCUAAUUGGCGAAACAAGAGGCAAAAUCUGGCUAAAUGCUCGGUUGGAUUUGCUGGGAAGAUGACUAAUAACAUUGGUGUGGGGGUAACAUAUUACAAAGUUACGGACCCAAGUGAUGAUCCUUUGAAUCCAAAGGUUGGGACAUUGAGGUAUGGAGUGACAAAAAUUAGAGGGAAGGUGUGGAUUACCUUCCAAAGGGAUAUGCUCAUCAAGUUCCAAAAGCCACUUAUUGUUGGUAGUUAUAUCACCAUUGAUGGACGUGGUGCCAAUGUUCAAAUAGCUCAUGGUGCAUGUUUCUUGCUCAAUGGGGUGAGCAAUGUCAUCAUCCACAACCUGAGGUUUCACCACUGCCAUUCCCAAGCUCCUGGUUCAGUGAUGGGUCCUGGAGCAAAAAUUGUGAAACUACAACAGGUCGAUGGUGAUGCAAUUCGCCUUGUUGGAUCUUCAAAAGUUUGGAUUGAUCACAACACCUUUUAUCAGUGUCAAGAUGGUCUCAUCGAUAUCACCCGUGGCUCUACCGAUGUAACUGUCUCAAACAAUUGGUUUCGGAACCAUGAUAAGGUGAUGCUUUUGGGUCACGAUGAUAGUUUCUCACAGGACAAAAACAUGAGGGUAACUAUAGCCUUCAACUAUUUUGGUCCCAAUUGCAAUCAACGCAUGCCAAGGUGA